AUGCACAGAUGGCGUUGCCAAAUGCUUCGGAAGCCCAGGCAGAUAUUUUAUAAGAGCUGUCGCCACUUCCACUACAGCGAACUAAUAGUGCUAGCCUUAACGUGCGAGACUACAUCUCCCCAGAACAUUUUGGCAAUGGACUUCCAUCUCAGUACGUCCGAGAAGAAUCCGAUGGUAGGUUAUUCUAUACAGAGAAAAGUAUUAACAAUGUCACUGUUCUUUGGAAAGCUGCAGCCGAUGCAGCAUAUAAUGCAAAAGGAUGUGCAAAUGGUAGUCUCCCGGAAAGGCUCUGAGCGGCUAUAUGUUGAUAAAUUGGGACUAAGAAGUUUAUCUCAGAGUGAAGAAAUGUCAUUGAUCAAUUUUAUGAAGUAUUCCAUCUCUCUUUAA